ACAAAAAGGAUGCAGAAUGAAGAAAUAUGGUCAUGAGAGAGAGUAAGAGAGAGAGAGAGAGAGAGAGAGAGAGAGAGAGAGAGAGAGAGAGAGAAAAAGAGUCCAAACACAGAGAUGAAGCCGUCUCGUGUUGCUAAUUCCGCUAAGUCACUUCAUCUCCAUCAGCAGUAAUGAAUAUCUCCAUCUUGGAAAAACGACACCAAACCUGCCAAAAAAAAGUGUUGUAAAAAUGAGCAUGACGGUCUCAGAUACCAAGUACUAGCAGAUAGCUUUAGCACAAUGUUAGCAAAACAGAUCGCUGAGGGACCAGAGUAGAUUCUCCACUGGCUUUAUAAUGAUACUUAUGUUAAAUUAAAUAGUUGUAAUGGAGUGCGUGUACCAAUUAAAAAUUGUGCAUGAUGCCUCCAGCUACAUCCCCAAGUGUUGUAAUCAAUUUUUUUUUGAGGAACUUCUUUCAGUUCUCACUUAUAGUUACCAAAUCAAUGAGCUAAGUCUGUACACAGAAACAAAGCUGCUGUGCGCAGUUCUUGGUGAAGAAACGAUGAAGACGCUGUACUUGUUCACGCUCACGCUGACUGGUGUUCUCACUCAGGUCAGUAAAUAUGGUGUGAACUAUCCGGAUAAUCAGAUCUGUGCUGUGAGAGGAUUCAGUGUCUCCAUUCCCUGUACUUAUUUUUAUCCAACAUCAAAUCCCAAUAUUCAGGUGACACAAAUGCUUUGGUGCUCAAUGAACUCAAACAGAGACGUGUGUAUAAACCCCCCGUAUGUUUAUAACAGCGCAUUAAACACCACAUCAGACUUUGAGUACGCUGGAGACAACAAAUCAGACUGCACUUUGUUAAUCCACAAUGUACAGUUCAGUUAUUCUGGAGAGUACAGAUUCAGAUUUAUAACUGAUGUGACCGGUGGAAGAUGGACAGGUGUACCUGGACCGACUCUACAAGUUGCAGAUUUAAAGGUGUCACUAAUCAGGCUCAGUGGAAACGGAACCCUUAAACAAGGAGACUCGUUAAAUCUGACGUGUGAUGUGAACUGCACACAAAGUUCCUCACAGUUUGUGUGGUCUAAGAACAACGAGCGCUUACCUGAAUCAGGACCCGUUCUUCACUUUCCUGCUGUAACCGUGAGGGAUUCUGGGAAUUACACCUGCACUUGGAAAACCAACAUGACGUCAGGAUCUGAAACGAUCAGCCUUCUCGUCGAGGGUGAAAACCCUGAAAGAGAUUUUGCUCAGUGGCACAUCUGGAUCAUUGUUCUGGUGAUUGUUGUUGUGAUUUUGGUGAUUGUGGCAGCUGUAAUUAACCACAGGAGGAAGAGAGUAGAAGCUCAAGAAGAAAACAGUGGGAAAGGUGCAGAGAAAGCACAGCAGGUUGGAGAAAACACACAUGAUAAACCGACAAAGCCACAGCUAAACAUCGUUCCUCAACUGGAUGAUGAAACGUUGCACACGGAGGAAGUGACUUAUGCGACUGUGUUUGUCAAAGACAAGAAACCUGAGCAGGGGUACGAGCUAGUGCAGUCACAUACUAAUCACCUAACACAUAUGAUUCAGCAUAAGAUGUUACGGAAAACUGUGAUAGAUUGGAUUCAGAUGAAUGGAGAAUUGUAAAAGUUCACAAGUCACAAUGCUGUUAAAUAUGAUAUUUAACACUUCAUAACAAUUAACACGUGUGUGUCCUGUGGCUUGGGUUUCAGACGUGUCCACACUGAACGACAGGAGGAGGAUGACAGUGUUAUCUACAGCACUGUCAAAAACACCUGAUCACAUUUUUACAUCUCAUUCAACCAGACACCGUGAGGCCUGUAAAUAUUCCCCCUGCGGGACGUUAAAAUAAAAUGUGUGUCAUUUUAGGGCUUAUUAAUGUCAUAUAAAGUGUCCAGCUGUUUGCUUUAAACGUACACUUGGAUAGGAGAUUGCCUUUACAACUGAAUCUGUUUUAAUAAUCGCUCAAGCUAAUUUUUUCCUUUAAUAAUUGUGUUGUUUUGGGAAACAGACUUUCAGUAAGUGCUUUAUCCUGGUCAGGCUCCUGGUGGAUCCAGAGUCUAUCCUGGGAAUACUGGGAGCAAAGCUGGAAUAAAUUCACCCUGGAUCUGACGGCAGUCCAUUGCAGGGCACCGUGUACACACUCAUUCACACACUCAUUCACACACUCUUUCACACAAUCAUUCACACCUAGGAGCAAUUUAACAUAGCCAGUCUACCUACAGACAUGUUUUUCAGAAGGUGGGAGGAAACUGGAGAACCUUGAAGAAACCCACGCUAACACAGUGAAGAUUAUGCUGCCUUUUCUCCCUAAAGAAUGAUAAAUUCUGAUGCUCUGUAACCAUUAAUGUAAAUGCUUUCCUAAAACACAAAAAUCCACUGUAUCUUUAAGUUAAAAUGUUUAUUUUUAUUUAUUUUAACCAAAGUACAGGUGUGUUGUUGUUGUUUUAUCGUAUAGAGAAAAUCGUAAAUGUUACUAGUUCUAUUUUUUUUUUUAAAUUGUGGAAUUCUGCAUGAAAACUUUUUUUUUUUUUUUAAAUUUGCUUCUCAGACAACAGCUAUAAUAUGGAGUGUAUCGUAUUGUCAGAAAUACAUAAACAUAUCUUAUAAUCAAUAUAUCUUUCAACACGUGUCUUUUUUUCAAACGGUUCUUUUAGUUUCACGUACUAUUGACAUGAAUGUGAUUACUUCUGAGCUGUAGUCACUUACUGUGUUUAUGACAGGAAAAACAAAACCACAGCUCUGUUUACGACACUGUUCAUUUGUAAAACACCCAACUGAACACUGUACUUCCAUAUUUGGAUAAAAUCUGCUCACACAUACCAACUGCACCAUGAUAGAUCAGGCUGAUCCUUCAAAUCUGACCCACUAGAGAUAUUCAACCCGAAAGACAUGACUUCUCCAUGCGGGGGUGUCCCGUCCCAUCCACCGCUGGCUAUAUCAUGUGACAUCAACAGUAACAAGUGUGUUUUAGUGAUUAUUGAUCAAACCCACUCAUCUUACCAGUCAUUUUACCCCCUCAUUACCUCAUCUCGCUCACCUGGGUGGGUUUUGACACUGGUUUUACCUGCCAGACACAUUACUGGAAGUGCGUGUGUUUACUUCUUCUUUUGGACAUUUUUUAGGAACAACAUUUUAGCUCUCACUUCUCAUUUAUUAAUCAUUGAGCAAAGCAUAUCAGCAAACAAACACACACACACACACACACACUCACUCAGACACACACAUGAAGCUGCCCGUGUGGAUCACCUGCUGAACCAGAGCGAUAAAAAUGCUGUACCUGGUGGUGAUUCUGCUCUCUGUGUCAGGUGUUUUCAGUAAAUGGCGUGUGAACUAUCCGGAUAAUCCGAUCUGUGCUGUGAGAGGAUUCAGUGUCUCCAUUCCCUGUAGUUAUUAUUAUUAUCCAACAUCAAAACCCAAUAUUCAGGUGACACAAAUGCUUUGGUGCUCAAUGAACUCAAACACAGGACUGUGUGAAAACCCCCCGUAUGUUUAUAACAGCUCAUCAAACACCACAUCAGACUUUGAGUACGCUGGAGACAACAAAUCAAACUGCACUUUGUUAAUCCACAAUGUACAGUUCAAUUAUUCUGGAGAGUACAGAUUCAGAUUAAUAACUGAUAAUCCCAGUGACAGAUGGACAGGUGAACCUGGAGCGACUCUACAAGUUGCAGAUUUAAAGGUGUCACUAAUCAGGCUCAGUGGAAACGGAACCCUUAAACAAGGAGACUCGUUAAAUCUGACGUGUGAUGUGAACUGCACACAAAGUUCCUCACAGUUUGUGUGGUCUAAGAACAACGAGCGCUUACCUGAAUCAGGACCCGUUCUUCACUUUCCUGCUGUAACCGUGAGGGAUUCUGGGAGUUACACCUGCACUUGGAAAACCAGCAUGACGUCAGGAUCUAAAGCGAUCAGCCUUCUCGUCGAGGGUGAAAAUCAGUGGACAAUCUGGAUCAUUGUUUUGGUGAUAGCUGGAGUGAUUUUCAUUUCAGUGACUGGAGCUGUGAUUUACAACAGGAGGUUUCCGUGUGACUGCAGGUUUCUCCACACUGGGCAGAAGAAGGAGGACGACUCUACUAUCUUCGCUAAUGUACAGCAGCAGAAAGAGGACAAUUCUAAUAUCUAUGAAAAUGUACAGCAGCAGAAAGAGGACAAUUCUAAUAUCUAUGAAAAUGUACAGCAGCAGAAGGACAGUUUUGCUAUCUAUGCUAAUCUAUAGUAACGUAGAGCUGAUCACAGUUUCACACCUCAUUAACUCUAUUCAUGUCUUCUAAAAAUAAAUAAAUAAAUAAAUAAAAUCUAACAAUAUACAGAACACACACUUGCUGUGUAUUGUGUUUGAACUGAAUUUUAUAAUGUCAUAAACAAAGUAUGGUAAAGAAGUUUAUGUGCUGCUGAUAUGUAUUUACAAUGUAAGGAAUCAAAUAUUCUGAGGCGUGUUUUUAUAGGAAAAUAAUCAGUGCCAGGGUGGCGUGAUGUUCUCAACGCAAAGCAGAAAUUAAAUUCAAUUUAAUCCUAAUUCAGUUAUCUGGAAGGUGUAUUGGUGUCUUUUUGGAACGCUUUAAAAUGCUUUACGUGGAAAACAAAAGCUUAACGUUGUUUAAUGUGCAAAAAUAAAAUCAUUGAUUCCGGAAGCCCUAAGCGGCCAUGCAUUGUUUAU